GUACACAAUACAGAUAUAGUAUUGACGGCAAGUUUCCUAUAACGUUUCCUCGUGGUUGACCAUUACUACAUUUAGCGCUUGUACGAAGUAUAUAAAUAGGAAUGUGGCGCAUCACACUGUCAGUUCACGACACAACAUCGAAAGUAUCUUAUCAGUGAAAUAAAGAUCAUGAAGUUACUUGCACUACUCGUCUGCUUGAUGGCAAUCGCCAUAACCUACGCUAACACUAUUGCGGACAUAGCUUUACAUGGAGGAUUGCUAUCCGCCGCAGAUUUGCAACAAUGUUAUGAGAAUGCGAAUCUAGCAGAAGCUGAUUUAAUUACAAAUACAGAAAUAAAAGAUGGUUCUUAUAAGAAUCCAGAAAAUGCGGAAAAAGCGAAGAAAAAUGGCUGCUUCACAUUAUGUAUAUUAGAAAAGCGAGGCUUGAUCGUCGAUUCGGAGAUUCAGAAGAAUAAGUUGUAUGGCAAAUCGGCACACGCUAACUUGAAUCAGGCAACUCAAGCAAAAAUAUAUGCAACUGUAGAUCGUUGCACAGAACAAGUUAAAACAGUAACGGAUAUGUGCGACAAAUCUCUUGAUCUUCUUACAUGUCUCUGGAAAGACUUCAUCUAAUCUAACAAGAUUGCUAAUAACAAAUAUAUUUCUAAAUAGUGUAUCAAAUAUUAUUUUAAAAUAAAUAUAAAGAAUUCAGAGAUUGGCGCUACAAUUAUAUUAUAUAAACAUGUUACCUAUAUAUUAAUAAAAUU